AUGGAGUUUCGCACGGCGCAUCAGUGCUCGUUGAAUGAGAGACGUGCGCGCAUUAUCAUCGUGAAAUAUGGUGAACUUACCAACACUGAGUUAUUGGAUAAGGAGCUGCGAGCAUAUUUGCAGAUGAACACAUAUUUGGAUUGGCAGGAUACCAGGUUUUGGGAUAAAUUACGCUAUGCCAUGCCGCAUAAAGUGGCGGGUAGAAAUCGUAAUGCCGAUAUGUUAGAAAUCAAUGGUAGAUCAUAUGUUAUGGGACAAGUGGAGUUGAAUCGUUUGCGUGGCGGGAAUGCUUAA